AUGGAGCUGAUUGACCCUAGCAACGAAGUCUUGCCGCCUGGCGAGAAAACAUACUAUAUGCCUCAUCACUGUAUCGUUCGGCCGGGCAGCGCUACGACGAAACUUCGCGUCGUAUUCGAUGCUUCAUGCGCCACCGAUAGCGGCGUUUCGCUAAAUGAAGCUCUAAUGGUGGGCCCCGUCGUUCAAGACGAGCUGUUCAGCAUCCUCCUACGUUUCCGGAUGUCUCGUUUCGUCAUCGUUGCUGAUCUCCAGAAAAUGUACCGACAGGUGUUGGUGCAUCCCUCUGAUCGUCUACUCCAGCGCAUCGUUUUUCGUUCCUCGCCAUCAGAACCCAUUCGAACUUACGAGUUGCUGACGGUUACCUAUGGUACUGCGUCGGCCCCGUACCUUGCGAUCCGUUGUCUUCAGCAACUUGCGUCCGAGGGUGAAUCGACUCACCCCCGAGCUUCUAAGGUGUUGUCGAAAAGUUUCUACAUCGACGAUAUGCUUUCUGGAGUGGAUUCCGAAGAAGAAGGAAUCGAAGUGUGCAGCCAGAUGAUCGAUCUCCUGCAGUCAGCUGGAUUCAAGCUGCAUAAGUGGGCCUCCAACAGUCCCAACAUUCUCUACAACAUUCCUGCGGAGCUUCGAGAAGACCGCAACCUUCUAGAACUCGACUCUUCAUCGACGCCGGUGAAAACUUUGGGGUUGCUGUGGCAACCAGAUGACGACGUUUUUCGUUUCAAGAUCCCUUCGUGGUCUUAUAAAGAUUCUAUCACCAAACGGCUGGUUCUAUCUGAGUCGGCACGCUUGUUUGAUCCGCUGGGCCUGUUAGGGCCCAUUGUUCUACGUUCCAAGCUCUUUAUGCAAGAGUUGUGGAAAUCCAAAGUUUCCUGGGACCUUCCGUUAAGCGUACAGCAACAGCAAUUCUGGACAGAUUUCCGGAGUGACCUCAACGUUCUGGAUGAGUUUUCCGUUCCACGGUGGGCGGCUUCUGUAAGCGAUCCUGUGCAAACCGAGCUACACGGGUUCAGCGACGCGUCCGAGAACGCGUACGGCGCUUGUAUCUAUCUCCGCGUCGUUUCUGCUAGCGGGAGCGUAUCUGUGCACCUGAUUACUGCGAAAUCGAGAGUUGCACCUAAAGGAACGGAGAAACUAGACCAAAUGAUACGCUUACCGUGCCUCGAGCUUUGCGGAGCUCUUCUCUUGAGUCAUCUGUACGAAAAGGUGGAAAGUAGUCUGCAAAUCCCAGCUCGUUUAUUCUUUUGGACCGAUUCCACGAUAGUCGUGCACUGGUUAGCGUCGUCUCCUUCUCGCUGGAAGAAAUUCGUAGGAAACCGAGUAGCAGAGAUUCAGCAAAUCACAGCUUCCGGUAUAUGGAGGCACAUACCAGGCAUCGAGAAUCCCGCGGACGUCAUUUCGCGAGGAAUGCCAGCACAGCAGCUUGUUGAGCACUCGCUAUGGUGGCAAGGUCCCAUUUGGCUGCAACAACCAAACAGGUUUUGGCCAGACCCCGUGCGAACAUCAGAUGACCACUUCGAACGAGAGCAACUUCAGGAGAAACCAAGUGUUUCCCUUCCAGCGGUCGUCCAGAACUCCAUAUUUUCGUUGAAAUCUUCCCUUUCGAGUUUGGUUCGUGUUGUAGCCUAUAUGCAAAGAUUCUGCAGCAACUCGAAGAAGCGGAACCGAGAGACCAGAAACACCGAUGCUCUAUCAACGGCGGAACUUGAGGAGGCUUUAGUGGCGCUCGUGAAACUUGCCCAGCAAGACUCUUUUGCGGAUAAGAUCUACGUUCAAUUCGCGCCACUGGCCAAGUGA